AUGGGAGUGGACGAAGCCGAUUUGCCAGCGCGACAGCCAGAGCGUAGUAUUGCAACAACAACAACAACAACAACAACAACGACACCAUCAAACAAUACUGGCGGCGGCCUCUUGGAGACACCGCGUCCACCAGUCGUUGCACCGGGCGCAGUUCAUGUCAAUAAUAAUGCAAAUACUGCAAAUACUGCAAAUAAUUCGAGUAUGGGUAAUAGUCAACAACCUCCUGCAUUAUUGCUGACAUUAAACAAUAAGGGUAGUAGUAAAGAGAAGAAGAAGAAGAAGAAGGACGCUGAUAAUGAAGACGAAUGGACGACGCUGGGCAACAUCAGCAACAACAACAGCAACAACAACAACAACAACAACAAUUCCGUCCUUCUCGACUGUGCUCCGAGUCGACAGCCUUCCACCAAGACACUUGCGGAUCAGCAAGGAACAAUCCAUACCAGUGGUACUACUACUAUCCAGACAACAUCCUCGAACAAUACCAAUACUACCACCCCUGGUGUCGUUGCAGUCUCUGGUCUUGGCAUGGAAAGCAGUAGUAACAACAACAACAACAACAACGACAACAACAAUGCUGCCAAUACCAACAAUAUCACUUCCAUGACUUCCAAUACAACAGGAGAAACCGAUGACUCAUAUCCACCCACUACCAUUAUUACGGCAACCAAGGUUGUCGAGGAAGACGAAGUUGACUAUUAUCAUCAUUACGAUCAUCGAGAUCGAGAUGAAGAACGACAAGUCGACGAAGCGGUGCGAUUGGCACAAGAAGAAGCCGAACGACUUCGUCAACAAGUGCGAUCUCUCCAACAACAGGAACAACAACGAGGACAAGCAGCUGUAUCCUCAUCCCAAGUACUGGUAGUGGCAACGGCAGCAAAUGAUGACAAGGAUGCCACCUUUUCACCAGACGAUGAUGAUGAGGAAAGUACGGGACAAUCCAAAACGAAAAAAUGUCGGUGGAUUGGUGGACUCGUAUUAUUCUUGGGCAUUGCCAUUGGUGGUGGAAUUGCCAUUUUUCUAACACUUCAAAAGGAUGCAAAUACUACAACAAGUCUGGCACAACAAGCAGCAACCAUGUCACCCACAAUGUCACCGACAUUGCCAUGUCUCAAUACCAUUACUCCUCCCGACAAGAAUUAUACCAACCGCAUCAAACCCAUUCUACAAACAUGUCAAGGAGAUUGCGAUUACGAUACCGAUUGCGACGAAGGCCUCGAGUGUUUUCACCGGAAUAGACCCUUCGAUCCAGUGCCAGGAUGCUCCUGCUGGGAGGAAGAUGCUACACGAAAUGAUUAUUGCAUUCCCAUUCCAACGGAUCCUUGUUUGGUGGAAACCAAUGAUUAUCCAUUGGGCAUGUGCGAAGGAAAAUGCAAAGGAGAUACAGAUUGUCAAAAGGGACUUGUUUGUCGAGCUUUCUUUCCAGGACAAUAUAUUUCGGGUUGUCAACAUUGUGAAAAAGAAGAAGAAGGAGGAGGAGAAGCAGAUGAGGAGUUGACUGGAGGGUUCUUUCCUGGAUUUGUCCCAUCCAAUGAAACGGACAUGUACAAUGGUACUGGUAACAAUGAUUACAAUACUACUGGUAACAAUGGGAACAACGGUAACAACGAGACCGAGUUUACUACCGGCAAGCUUCCGGAAAUUCCAACCGACUUCAACCUUACCAACAAUGGAUUCUUACCCAACAACAACAACAAUACCACCGAGGAUGAAUCUACCAGCUCGAUUGGGAACAACGAAACCGGCGAAUCACCAUCCAGGCUGCCUGACAAUUAUUACACCUUUAGUGGUGGUCGGAAAUUGCAAGUUCUUUGGAAUGAAGAAGUAGAAGAAGAAAGAGAAAACAAAGAGGAAGGACCCACACCUGCUCCAACAGCUUGGAUAGGAACGGUGGAUGAUCAAGACUGGACCAAAGAGCCCACCCCUGCUCCGACAGUUUGGAAAGGAACGGUGGACGAGAAAGGCAACACCCAACCUCCCAAGGACGAAGAAAACAACGACGACUACAAUGACGACAAUUCCGUCAUGCUCACCAGAGGUCCCACCAGUGCGUGGGCGACAAGACCUCCAGUUCCAAAUAACGAUCUUGUAGAAGAUUUUGUGAUGUACUGUGUACCAGGUCCAGAAGAUGACUUUGAAAACAUUCUGAAUGAUCCAGGAGGAACGGGAGACUUUACUGGGAGCAAGGUGGAUGGCGAGGGAGAUGGCUUGUUGUCCGAGUCUGGUGCUGGACGAAUUCUUGGUAGUACCCGAGUACCUGGUAUUCUACUUGCGGCGGCAGCGACAGUUCUUUCUGUAAUUUUGGCAUGGUAA